GUAGUUCUGGAACAAAAGAAAGCAGCUGAAGAAGUUGCUGAAGAAACAGAGAGCUCCGAGUCAUCGGAGGAAGAAUCGGACGAAGAGGAGGAAGAGUCUAGUGAGGAUGAAUUGGAUGGUCGGGAAAGUAAGGAACAGUUAAUGGAAAAAGUCCGAGCGCGUUUGCAGAAACGGCGUGAACAGGCUGAGGCCAAACGAUCUACGGAUAACUUACGUGCUCCAGUGAUUUGUGUGUUGGGACAUGUGGAUACGGGAAAAACAAAGAUGCUGGACACUAUACGGCGGACAAAUGUGCAAGAUGGAGAAGCUGGUGGAAUUACGCAGCAAAUUGGCGCUACCCAGGUACCUGCUGCAGCAAUCGUGGAGCGUACUAAGAUGGUUCGGGAUUUCAACGGAAGUGCGAUGAAAAUUCCUGGAUUUUUAAUAAUUGACACUCCGGGCCACGAAAGUUUCUCAAACUUGCGGUCACGUGGUUCCGCAUUAUGUGAUUAUGCAAUCCUGGUCGUUGAUCUGAUGCACGGGCUUGAACAACAAACACUUGAAUCGUUGAAAUUGUUGCGAAAAAAAGGGACUCCAUUUGUAGUCGCAUUAAACAAAGGGAUAAACGUAGCGUUGGCGAACGAAAAUCCCGAUCCAAGCGAGUAUUUCAGUAUGGUACCCACUUCCGCAUUUCUUGGCGAUGGCAUUGGUAAUGUUAUGGCCCAUAUCGUUAAUGAGUCGCAGAACAGGAUAGCUGAACAAUUGGCAUUCUGCGAAGAGCUUGAGUGUACUGUUAUGGAGGUAAAGAAUUGUAUCUUCAGUAUCUUCGUUUUCAGAACUAUUACUUAA